CAAUAAUGAAUCACAUCGGUAAUUAUUAUUAUUUUUUCUUAUGACUGUAACCUCUCUUGCUGUAACUAACUGGUAUGGUUUUACUUGAAGUGGAUGGUUGCACAAAUUACACAGUCCUGAGUGAAGCAGACCGCGCUCAAGGAAACGCAGAACCGCCUCAUAACAGAAACGAUGAGAGCCUGGUACCGGGUUGGUAUCGUUUCCAAGGAGCUGCCGGGGAUCAGAUGCCGGACAAAUGUGUUCUUACGUAUCGCUGCGGUACUAGGUUUCCUGGUUGGCUUAAUGGUAAACACCCGACAGUCGCUGAAGGAGUGGUGACACGUCAAGUCUGUUACAGUGUAUUCCACGACUGCUGUUAUUGGAAUAACAUCAUUAAAGUGAAGAACUGCAACUCUUACUACGUGUAUGAGUUACAGGGGACAUGUUCGUACCAUCGCUAUUGUGGUAACGCCGGCGCUGGCUCGUCAAGUCAUCCUUUAAUAUCAGCGCCCUCAGCCAUUUCAUCAUCCUUUUCAGUCUCUCAGACAACACUACUCAGUGUGCUGCCAGCAACAUUGACACAGAGGAUCUCAGCAACAAGUGCAAUGAAUACACCGAGUAUAAAUACAUCACGAGCUACUGCAUCACGCUCGUCAUUACUUGAAAGCAGUGUAAGUCAAGAUGGAAAGCCCAUCCAAAGAAAACCAAACCUCAUAGCUAUCAUCUAUGGUGGUGCCGAAGUAAUCCGAGGACAAAACGAAAACAUCACGAUGAAUGCAUCACUUUCCUAUGACCCGGUUGUUGGACUUGGUAACUACUCCAGGAUGAACUUCACCUGGCAUUAUGGUGAGAUCAAAGGCAACUAUUCUGGCCUACAGACAGUGUUGAGAGACUCCUUCACAGGAAUAAGCCAGUCAAAUGUUCAUUAUAUUGGGAAUGAUUCUGGACUUGAAGUUACCAUCAAUACUGCCUCUUCCAUGUUCCAGGACCUGACGACCUUAGUGGUUAAACUGGUGGUGACAAAAGAUCAUCGCAACUCAAGUGAUCAUCAAGUUAUACACUUGAAAAAAGGGGAUCCCCCUCAAAUAUCUCAACGAUGUAUAAUAAAUUGUGAACCUAAAAUCAGUCCAUCAGUUAAACUAAGUAUCCAGUCACAGUGCUAUGGACCGCAGUGCUCCGACAUAUCCUCAUACCAAUGGAUACUUUAUGAACAAUACCCAUCUGCCACAAAUAAUGACACUGUUUGGAGGAAAAUACAAGAUUUGCAACUUAUCACAACUACAUCCCUCGAUUCUAGCAGUAUUGUAAUCAAAGAGGACUCCCUUYAUGGCGGAAAGWACUACCGGCUGGRAGUGUUUGRUCAAACUAUGGACGGUCAACAAGGAAUGAGUGRUCGCGACAUCUCCACUUCAUCACCACCUACAGGGGGAACAUGUUCCAUCACUCCAUCAAAUGGCACCUCACUGAAGACUGUUUUUAACCUGAGCUGUAGUGACUGGCAAAGUCACAGCAUCCCCCUGUCUUACUUGUUUCAAUAUCAACUACAGAAUGGUCUACAUGGGCUGUUGUACUACGGCUCUAGUAAUGGUGUUAACUCAUGGCUGCCAUCUGGAAAGCUGUCUUGGAAUUAUACUGUGAAGUUCAAUGUCACAGUGACUGAUACAAAUGGCGUGUCUGCUCCAACGGUUCAUCUGUCUGUGCAGGUAUAGUAUAUCUUUGAUUAUAUUAACUCUUGCAUCACAUUGCAUGCAUAUUAAAUGGCAGGUUGUCACUUUUAACAACCAGUACCGGUAUGUUGUCACAUAUUGCACACGAAUGUUUCUGUAGGUUGAACCAUUUACAGAUCUAGGGCUCUUGAGACCAGAUCAAAUCAGCAAACGUAUAACAGCAAAUGACAGCGAGUUUAAUAAUGCAAUCAAAGAUGGGGAUCUCAGCAAGGCAGAACAGAUAGCAAAUGCAGUCCUUCGAGCAGUUUUAGAAGAUACUACAAUGAAUUCAACAAAAAUAUCCGAGGUAAUGAACUAGCUUUCAUUAAAUUGCUAUUUAUUUAACUACAUGCAGUUUUUUCUGCACCGUAGUUCAAAAGUUAUCAUUUCAUCUAGACUAUGAGUAGUCUCUGUCUAAUUAGUCUUGCUUUGUCCGUCGAGUGUGACGCGAAUGAGAACCGUGAGAAAAAAUGGCUGCGUGAAAUCCUGUUGGCAAGAAGCGCUUCUCGACCCACGGAUUUUACACGACCAGUUUUUCCUUGCGGUCUAUUCAUGGUCUCGCUUGAUGGACUAAGUGAAAGACGAACUACUGGUAGUCUACAUAUGAUGAGCAUAAAUUUAAUUAUGAGUUGAGUUCUGUUUCUGUACAUUUAAAUCAGAUUCACACAACUUCUACAGUUGUUACAAGUUGCAACUAGUACAGGUAUUUCACAACUUGAUUGGUUGACUGUUUUUUGAUCCUCUCCUUACCUUGCUCUAUAUUGAUGACCAUGUGGUUAUGAACAUUUGAUUUCCUUAAACAAAGUAAUCUCUGU